AUGGAAGCUGGUUACGACUACACUUUAAUGGGCAGCCGACCCCAGGGUAACGCGAAGUAUCUGCCCGCGUUGUUUGUAUCGGUUUUGGCAGGUGUCCUGCUGAUCUCGGGCGUGGCCUACUAUGGGUUUUCGUCGGACGCCCGGGCCGACCAGGCAGCGCAAGUAGCUGUUCUGGACGCAGUCGAUGGCUCCUCUGUUGGUGACGGGGAAACUGGCGCGACGUCAGGCACGGUAAAGUACACACGGUAUCUUUCUCCGGCAUCUGCGGACGAAAUAGCGGGUCAGCAACUCUACCCGGCGGGGUUCUCAGAUCCUGAGUUCUGGGUUAAUCCGCUGGGGUACGAAGAGUAA